AUCCUUUAAAAUAAGACAUUUCACAAAACUUAACAAGUCAACUAAAAACUAAUUUUAAAAAAUUAUAAAAAAAUAACUGUACAUAUAGCUAACAAUCUAGUCAAUAUAUCGAGUGUCGAAUUUUAUAAACAAAAUGAUGAUUGUCCCCUCCUAUAAAUUAAGACGGGUACACCUGCUGUUCUAUAAUUCUCUUUUCAGGUAACCAGCAGUGUUAUUUCCGUCUUUCAAGUUCAAGAACGAGGUUGUAAGGUGCUCUUGUGGCAUACUUAUGUAUAAGCUAUCCCUAUAAACAGUUCAGUUAUCGCAAAAAUAUUAUUAUUGGUACUCUCGGCAGUGGUGUUGGAAAAGAGGGUGUAAUUUGUGUAAUUAGAAAAAUAAGGUUUUUUUUUAAAAUGCGGUGACUUUAGUGUUUGUUGUUUUUUGAGAACCGAUUUACUAAUUUUUGCCAUAAAAUGGAAAGAAGAUGGAUAUUCAAAAACAUUUUAAGUAUAACGAUAUUUUAUACAGUUAUUUCGCUUUCAAAACAAAAAGCAAGUCAAAAAUGUGAAGGUGGAGCGGGUCUAAAGUAUUUAUGGGGAGACGCCUUAAUAGACACGCCGGGGUGUUUAGGUCCCCACGAUACGCCAUAUCCCGAUGCCACAAUUACACGUAUGUUUAAGAACCAGAAUAUAUGGAAUGGCAGUUCUAGGACUGCGAGAUUUAAAAGAACAAUAGAUCCUAUGUUAACUCGAAAAGCGCUGCUAGCAGCUCAUCAGAUAAACACGGGGGAGACACUGUCAACGUUAUCAAGAACUGCGCGGUCUACCCAAUCAACUACUUGUUCAUCCACGCCCUCGAGAUUAUGUAAAACGAGAUAUAACACCACAGCCCCUAUGUACGGAGUAUCUUUAACAUCUGGACAACCAGUUACUAUAGUACAAAAGUUUCCCGAUUUGUUACAACAAGUUGUUUUUGAGGUUUGUGAAAGUUCAGAAUGCGACGUGGUUAGAGGGGAAUGUACCCAAACAUACGUUCCGUACUUAUUUUUAGUGAUACCCUUAGGACCAGUCACCCUUACUGGGCAGGAUUAUGUCCUCGUUGAAAGUGGAUGUGUAUGCAGGCCCAAAUACGCAUCACAAUUAACAAAUCAAGAAGCAAGUGCCGUAGCUUCCAUACCGAGAUUAUAAUAAGACUAGUUUGUGUGUACAUUUAAAUGAAAAAUUAAUUUAUUUUAUUUAUUUACGUGUUGUGCUCCACGGGCAUGUGUUUAUAGAAAUAACUUUUAAGAAUUUAGCGAACAUUUUGCGACUUUUUUGGUACUGAAAUUAUAAUUGUUAAAGAUUUUUAAAAAAAUUAUAUAAAAUCAAUUUUACCAAAAGAAUCGUAACCCUCUUUUUAAAAUAAACUAUAAUAAAGGAAGAAUUCAGUUUUAAUGGCCUGUGCAAUAUUUUAAACAAAACAGAAGGCACUUCUUAAAAAAAAUUAAAUUUUGUUAUAUCAUUACCUUCCCUUUAGUCUUGUAAAUUGUGUUUUUAUUUAUAUUAAUAACAACCCUUUACUAGAACAAGGAAAGGAAGAAUUUAUAUGUAUUCCUAUAUUAAUCAUUUAAUGAUAAACCAGAUUUUGCAUGUGGAGAUAUUCAACUAAUGUAUUUUAUCUAAAAUCAGUUGGAAUCGAACUCAGAUAGGUAGUGUGACAGAUGAGCAUUAUUCUUUGCCUGUGUUAACGGGGACAUACACAAACUAUUUUUGUUUUGUGCACUUCCACGAUUGAUUAUCAUUCAAAUGAUGAAGUUUCAUUCUCCCCUUUUUAAAAUAAAUACAAAAAACCUACCACACUUCCGCGUUCAGUUACUUAAUUUAACAGGAAAUUACGAAAAUAAUAUGAUCAAAUCAA